AUGUCGGCGUGGGAAGAGUGGAAAGGAGUGGCAGAGUGGAAGGAAGAGGAUUCUCAUAUUACCAUAAUGCCAUGCCUGUCUUCUUUAGAGUUUUGGAACUGCAGUCAGCUAAAAACACUCCCAGACUUCUUGCGGAAAACACCACUUCAGACACUUGACAUCGAGGACUCUCCGACUCUUGCACGAGGUUGCAGAAGAGGCAGAGGAAAGGAGUGGCCCAAGAUUUCUCACAUCCCCAACAUCGAAAUCGAUCUGCCACUUGAUUCUGAUUCUGAUGACAAGGGUGAAGGCAUAGUGGAGGCAGAGGAUGUAGUUGAGUUACCUGAGAGGCCUUCCACUUCAGGCAUAGUGGAAACAGAGGAUGCUGUUUAG